AUCUCUGUAUCGUCCUCAAAACUAAUUAUUUCGAGAUUGCUCUCAUCUCUGACAGCCCCUCCAUUGCUCAAUAUUUCCCAUGUGGCUCUUUAGCCUCCUGAUCGGCCCGUGCCGCCCGUCCUCCGGGGAUUGGCCGCUCGGAGGGCGCGGCGCGUGUGCCUCAAAGCUCGUUCCUCUGGCGAAGUACGGGGCUGCCACUGAAAACAUGCCAUUUUUUAUAUUUUUGCUCCUUGUCACCAGAUACGCAUGAGAUGCAGUGAUCGUCACGUGCUUCGCAAGCGCAAGCCUGCUUGAUUUCGAUCCAAACCAAAAGCCAGCUUUUCAAAUGCAUAGAUGAUGAUGGCACAUCUAAAGCAAAUUCCAAAGUCUGUGGAGACACUGCAUCCUAUGUGGGGAAUAUCUGGGUUUGGUUCUUUUCUACUUACGCUGUCUCUGUAGAGCCAUUUCAAUGUAAUGUGCUGUUUCUUUGUGUCUUUGUUGUCUCUUUUUUUCCCCUGUUCCCCCCCCACCCCUCCCUCGGAGCAGCAUCCUGUCCCGUACAGGCAGAAAGGAGAGCCAGGAAGCUUCCAAUUUGGCCGUGCCCAUGACCAUGUGUCUUUUUCCUGUGCCAUUCCCACUCACCCCAUCUCUAAGACCACAAGUCAGUUCCAUCAACCCUACAGUUACUCGAUCCCUCCUUUACAGCGUUCUGCGGGACGCCCCGGCCGACCGGGGUGGUGCCACCCAGCAGAGUCGGGAGGUUCAGAUCUCAGAUUACCCCUCACUGGACUAUCAGGGGCUCUAUGCCACCCUCGUCACCUUGCUUGACCUGGUGCCCCUGCUGCAGCACGGUCAGCACGAUCUGGGACAGGCCAUAUUUUACACCACAACAUGCCUUCUGCCUUUCCUUAGUGAUGAUAUUCUCAGCACUUUACCCUACACCAUGAUCUCCACUUUAGCCACCUUCCCUCCUUUCCUGCACAAAGACAUCAUAGAGUACCUGAGCACAUCCUUCCUGCCCAUGGCCAUUUUGGGUUCGACUCGAAGAGAGGGUGGCAUUCCAGCAUAUGUCAAUCUGUCUGCCUCCUCCAUGCUGAUGAUCGCCAUGCAGUACACUUCAAAUCCAGUAUACCACUGUCAGCUUUUGGAGUGUCUCAUGAAAUACAAGCAGGAAGUAUGGAAGGAUCUUCUGUACGUCAUAUCCUAUGGCCCGUCCCAAGUCAAACCUCCAGCUGUUCAAAUGCUCUUCCAUUACUGGCCCAACCUGAAGCCUCCCGGUGCCAUCAGUGAGUACAGAGGCCUGCAGUACACAGCCUGGAACCCCAUUCACUGCCAACACCUCGAGUGUCAGAACUCUAUUAAUAAGCCAGCGGUGAAGAUGUGUAUUGAUCCAACGCUCUCGGUUGCGCUGGGUGACAAACCUCCACCGUUAUACAUCUGUGAGGAGUGCAGCCAGAGGAUCGCUGGCGAUCAUGCUGAGUGGCUCGUUGAUGUGCUUUUACCACAAGCUGAGAUUUCUGCUAUAUGUCAGAAGAAGAACUGCAGCUCUCACGUCAGGCGCGCCGUCGUCACCUGCUUCUCAGCGGGAUGCUGCGGUCGCCACGGCAACCGGCCUGUGCGCUACUGCAAGCGUUGUCAUGUCAACCACCACAGCAGCGAGGUGGGGGCGUCAGCGGAGACGCAUCUGUACCAGACGUCUCCUCCGCCCAUCAACACGCGUGAGUGUGGCGCGGAGGAGCUGGUGUGCACCGUGGAGGCGGUGAUCAGUCUGCUGAAAGAGGCUGAGAUCCACGCGGAGCUGCGGGAGUUUGAGCUGAACCGCCGCCGUCAGAUGGGUCUGUCUUCAUCCCAUCAUUCCCUGGACAACAUGGAGUUUGACAACAAAGAGGACGACCAGCACGACCAGAGACUGCUCAGUCAGUUCGGCAUCUGGUUCCUGGACUGCUGUGUUGGUCUGUCAUCUGUCUGUCGCGUGUGUGAACAGGUUCUGUCAGAGCUGGACAUCGUGGUUCCUCUGCAGCUGCUCAUCAGCAUGUUCUCUGAUGGUGUGAACUCACUGAAGGAACUGGCCAAUCAGAGAAGAGCUGGAGCAGCAGACCUGUCAGGAAACGCAGGAGUCCGCAGGGUGAGUGUGGUGUCAGACCCCGGCAGGAGAGGGCAGCACAAUAACCUGAGUCCGUUUCCCAGUCCGUUCCGCAGCCCCCUGCACUGCAGCCCCUUCAAAAACCUCGGCCACGCUGCCGGAAACUGCGCCCUGGACCUGAACUGCGAUGAUGACGACAUGAAUCUGGGCUGCUUCAUCAUCAUGUUUGACCUGGUGCUUAAACAGAUGGAGCUGCAGGACGAGGCGCUGACGCUGGGGCUGGAGAGCAGUCUGGGCCGGGAUGUGGUGGGCAUCAUCAACAGCGUGCUGCAGGCUCCGUGGGGCAGCUCGCACACCUGUCAGAAGGACGAGAAGCCUCUGGAGUGCAGUCUGUGUCAGUCCAGCAUUCUGUGCUACCAGAUGGCCUGUGAUCUGCUGCAGAGACUGACGCCGCGCGAGGAGACGCGGCUGGUGGAACCAUCCGAGUGUCUGGAGGAGAGUUUGGUUUUCCCUCAAACUGAAUUCAAUCUUAAAUCAGAGAAUGGAGCGGAUGAAACAGACGCUCCGUCAGAAAACCCCAGCAGUCACAAUCCCUCUCCUGAGAUCCCGCCGUUAAAGAAUAGUGCAGACAGGAAGUUCUCGUACCUACAGCUUCCUGUUUCUCUCAAGCUUCUGUACACCGUUCUGCAGGAGAUGAGUAAGUUUGAGGAGCCAGACAUCCUCUUCAACAUGCUCAGCUGUCUGAAGAUCCUGUGUUUGCACGGAGAAUGCCUGUAUCACGCCAGGAAAGAUCAGCCUCAGUUCCUGGCCUACAUACAGGAGAAGAUGCUCAUUCCCAGCUUGUGGUCCAUGCUGAGGUCAGAGUUCUGUCAGCUGGCGUCUCUGGCUGUGCCGCAGCUCCUGCACGCGCUCGCUCUGUCCCACGCCGCAGAUAUCUUCUGGAGGCUGGUGGACAGCAGCUUCAACAGUCAAGACUGGAAGAUUCGCUUCGAAGCAGUGGAGCGCGUGGCUGUCCUGUGCCGGUUUCUGGACAUGGGCUCGGUCACUAAGAGCCACGUGCUGAAGUAUUCUCUGGCUCACGCUUUCUGCUGCUUCUUGGCCAGCAUCGAGGACGUGAACCCCGCCGUGGCCACCAGAGCGCGCCUGCUGCUGGACUCCAUCAAACGGCCCGCGCUGCAGGGCCUGUGUCUGUGCCUGGACUUCCAGUUUGACACGGUGGUCAGGGACCGGCCCGUCAUCCUGAGCAAACUGCUGCUGCUGCACUCGCUCCGACAGGAGAUCCCCGCUCUGAGCUGGGAGUUCUUCGUCAACCGCUUCGAGACGCUGUCGCUCGAGGCCCAGCUGCACCUCGACUGCAACAAAGAGUUUCCUUUUCCUACCACGAUCACAGCGGUGAGGACUAAUGUGGCCAACCUGAGCGAUGCGGCCAUGUGGAAGAUCAGACGUGCUCGCUUCGCCCGCAACCGUCAGAAGAGCGUCCGCUCGCUACGAGAAAGCGUCAAGGGUUCAUCCGGGUCCAAACGCACUUUCUCCCUCCCGGAGACACUGUGCAACAAACUGCCUCUCAGACUCAUAAGACAAGAGCAGUCGGCACCCAUACUAGGAAACAUGUUCGAGAAAGUCCUGACAGGAGAGAGCUCUCCUCCAGAGGACGACUCCGUCAUUAAGGAUCUGCUGCCGGAGGACGCAGGCAUAGACCACCAGACCGUCCAUCAGCUCAUCAUGGUGCUCAUGAAGUUCAUGGCCAAAGACAAAAGCAGCGCAGAGGCAGACAUCGGCAGCGCCAAAGCCUUCAACACUGUCAAGCGGCAUCUCUACGUCCUGCUGGGAUACGAUCAGCAGAUGGGAUGCUUCAUGAUCACUCCUCAGAAAAUGCGCUCCUCCACCUGCUUCAACGCCUUCAUCGCAGGAAUCGCUCGGGUGAUGGACUAUAACAUCGGUAUGGGCAAACAGCUGCUGCCGCUGGUGGUGCAGGUGCUGAAGUACUGCACGUGUCCGCAGCUGAGGCCCAAUUUCCAGGAGCCGCCGCGCUGCUCGCUCUGGGCCCUCAGACCUCACACUAGACAGAUGUGGCUCAAGGCCCUGCUCGUCAUCCUCUACAAGUAUCCAUACAGAGAGAUGGACAUGAGUAAAGAGGUGGUGCUCCAUCUGAUCCACAUCACCAUCAACACGCUGAACGCUCAGUACCACAGCUGCAGGUCGCACGUGUCCACAGGCCCGCUGUACAGCGACAACUCCAACACCAGCCGCUACAGCGAGAAGGAGAAAGAGGAGGACAGCGUAUUUGACGAGUCGGACAUCCACGAUACUCCGACGGGAGCGAGCAGUAAGGAGUCGCAGACCUUCUUCGCCCGUCUGAAGAGGAUCGGAGGCAGCAAGUCCGUCAAAUAUCAGCCUGUGGAGCUCAACGCUCAGAGAAGUGAGAUCGAGCUGGCCGAGUACAGGGAGAGCGGCGCGCUGCAGGACACGCUGCUGUACUCGGGCCGAGAGGACAGCAACAGCAAGAAGAAGAGGCUGCAAGCCAUGCACAAGCAGAAGUCUCUGGACAUCAGCAACACCGACUCCAUCCUCUUCAACCUGGACGAGCACCGACGCAAGUCCUGCAUCGAGCGCUGCGACCUGCAGGAGCCCUCCUCCUCCUCCUCUAUCGGCCGACAGCAGCACAGAGCUCAGCACCACGGGAAACACUCCUCCAAUGGCCACUCCGUCACCGACCGAAGAGGCUCCGUCGCUCAGAACGACAGCAUCCGGCCCAUCAUACCCGAGGUGCGUCUAAGCUGUAUGGAGACGUUUGAAGAUAAACCCGUCGGUCUGGACUCACCGCUGGCCACCCCUGCGCUUGACAAGGACGAUCCGGACCUCAUAGACCUGUCCUCCGACUGCACCUCCAUCCCCGAGAAGCACUCCAUUCUCUCACUCUCCGACAGUGACUCGCUGGUGUUCGAGCCGCUGCCUCCUCUGCGCAUCGUGGAGAGCAACGAGGACCUGUUUGAGGCGCUCAAGCUCCCUGGCGGAGUGCUCCUGCAGGUCAGCCCCGAGAGCCAGACGCUCCAGCCCCCUGCGGCUCCUCAGGAGGCCACCAUGACCCUCAAACAGAAACGGGAUCUCUUCAGAAAGACCUCGCACAUGCCCAACGCAUCCCUGGAUGAUUCCUGCGCGCAGCCCGAGGAUAGCGGCGGAACGAGCCCCUCCAGCAGGUCCGUCGUGCUCCAGAUUCCUGCGGACGAGCUCGAGUCGCUGAAUCCGUUAAACGUGGAGGGAGCAGGAGACGAGGACAACGACGAGACGGAUGAGAGAGACAGCGACCACAAACCUGACGAUGAGAGCGAUGAAGCUGAAUUCAGGAUCCAGAUCGUGCCACGCCAGCGCAAAGAGAGGAAGAUCGCCGUCAGCGCCAUCCAGAGGGAGUAUCUGGACAUCUCGUUCAACACUGUAGACAAAAUGAAAGAACCGGCCGCAGAGUCAGAUGCCAAAUCUCUGUCGAGCCUGGAGAAGCCCAGAGAAUCGGCCUCCGCUCCGGCCCUGGAGGCCACCGUUCCUGAAACCAGCCAUCGCUCCUCAGUGUCCACUCAGUAUCGUCAGGUGAAGCGAGGCUCGCUGGGUGCAGUGACGAUGAGUCAGUUAAUGAAGCGGCAGCUGGAGCAUCAGUCCAGCGCACCACAGAACAUCAACACCUGGGACACGGGUCCAGUGAAGACCAGUCUGCUGUCGGCCCCCAGCACCGUCAGCAUGUUCGUUCCCGCGCCAGAAGACUUCAGCGACGAGCAGCCCACUACGAUGGCCGACAGGUGUCGUGACUGCGGGGCUGUGCUGGAGGAGUAUGAUGAGGAGACUCUGGCUCUGGCUGUGGUGGUUCUGUCCAUGUUCAUCCAUCUGAGUCCUGAUCUGGCCGCUCCGCUGCUGCUGGAGAUCAUGCAGUCUGUGGGCAGGUUGGCCUCUAGCUCCAAUUUCACAGGUCAAGCUGAAAGCGUGCUGAUUCCUGGGAAUGUGGCUGGUGUAGCCAAGCAGUUCCUCCGCUGCGUUCUCCAUCAGCUCGCACCCAACGGCAUCCUACCACAACUGUUCCAGAGCAACAUUAAAGAUGGAAGCUUCCUGAGGACGCUGGCCCUGUCUCUGAUUGAUUUCAAUGAGCUGAGCUCGGUGGCAGCGCUCAGUCAGCUCCUGGAGGGUCUGAACAAUAAGAAGACUCUGCCAGCAGGAGGCACUAUUCUGCACUGUCUGGACAACAUCGCCACCUUCAUGGAGACGCUUCCCAUGGACUCACCCAGCAACCUGUGGACAACCAUCUCGAACCAGUUCCACACAUUUCUAACCAAACUACCUGCUGUUCUGCCGCUCAAGUGUCCGCUGGACUCGAGUCUGAGAAUUAUCAUUUGCUUGCUGAAAAUUCCUGUAACAAAUGCAACAAGAAGUCUGCUGGAGCCCUUCUCCAAACUCCUGAGUUUCGUUCUCCAGUACGGUGUGUUCAGUCUCUCGUAUCUCGUAGAGCUCUGCGGUUUAUGCUACAAAACCUUCAGCAAGGAGAGGGACAAGUUCUACAUGUCUCGUGUGGUUGUUCUGGAGUUGCUUCAGGCUCUGAAGUUCAAGUCAUCGAUUCCUGAUACGAACCUGCUGCUGCUGGUGCAGUUUGUGUGCACAGACAUCGGGACCAGGCUGGCCGAGUCCACCAUCCUCCAGAAGCACAUGAUCUCCGCUCUGCCCGGGUGCACCACAGCAGCGAUGGAGUGCUUGCGGCAGUAUCUGAGCGAGCUGCUGGACUUCAUCGCAGACAUGCACACGCUGACCAAACUAAAGAGCCACAUGAAGGCGUGCUGUCAGCCGCUGCACGAGGACACGUUCGGCGGGAAUCUGAAGGUCGGUCUGGCUCAGAUAGCGGCGAUGGAGAUCAGCAAAGGCAACCACAGAGACAACAAAGCGGUUAUUCGCUACCUGCCUUGGCUUUACCAUCCGCCUUCUGCUAUGCAACAAGGACCCAAAGAGUUCAUCGAGUGCGUGUCACACAUUCGCCAGCUGUCUUGGCUGCUGCUGGGGUCUCUUACCCACAGUGCUUUGCAUCAGGGCUCCUCGUGCUGUAUGCCCAUUCCACUGGAUGCUGGAUCUCAUAUCGCAGACCAUCUGAUUGUCAUCCUGAUAGGAUUCCCAGAGCAGUCCAAGACGUCAGUGCUGCACAUGUGUUCGCUGUUCCACGCCUUCAUGUUCGCCCAGCUGUGGACCAUCUACUGCGAGCAGGCCACGGCCAACCCGACCAAUCAGAACCAGAACGAGUUCUCCUCGUGCGCCAUCCUCACGGGCCUGGAGUUCUGGAGCCGCGUGACUCCCAGCAUCCUCCAGCUCAUGGCCCACAACAAAGUGAUGGUAGAGAUGGUCUGCUUGCAUGUCAUCAGUCUAAUAGAGGCCUUGCAGGAGUGUAACUCAACCAUCUUUGUAAAACUGAUUCCCAUGUGGCUGCCCAUGAUUCAGUCCAACUUAAAUCAUCUGUCCGCGGGUCUCCAGCUGCGUCUUCAAGCCAUUCAGAACCGGGUGAACCACCAGUGUCUCCAGAAUCCUGGAUCCGGAUCAUUUCCUCUCACUCUGCGCAAGUGGCUUCAGUGCACUCAGUUUAAAAUGGCCCAGGUGGAGAUCCAGUCAUCUGAGGCGGCGUCCCAGUUUUACCCCAUGUGAUCUUUAAAGCAGCGAGCUGUGUGUGAUGAUUAAUCAUAUGAGCUUCAGCAGCAGCAGAUGUAGUUGCUCAAGGUUCGGCGGUCUUCCUAGUGUGUGUGUUAUUAUCAAAUACAUUACAGAAAUCAUGCAUAGAGAAAAAUGUUAGCCUGUUUCAACCAGGGAAAGGUUUUUUGUAUUAUCAAUAGUAUGCAUAUUUCAAACCAAAAUAAAC